CCAGUUGCACCCCCGCGCCGUGCCGCUUCGACCACGAAACCCCUCAACCCCUCCCUUCUUAGUGUACGAAGCGCCAGACGCCAGCCAUGGCGCUUACAGCCAGCACGAAGCAGAACGCGGGACCGCCGUCCCAAACAUCGACGAUCUCUCCUGGAAAGAAACAGACGCCUACACUUACUCCAUUUGAGUGCCUGCAAAGAGAGUUCAAUGACGACCUCGAAUAUGUUUCGGUCGAGAUCGCGGAGAAAGAGACGCGGAAGAUGCUCAGGGCAAAGGAGGGCAGGAAGCAGUACCUGCCCGGCCAGCCGCGCAUCCGCCUCAACCAGCCGGCGCACAAUGCCGACGCCAACGAAGACAAACUUCUCAAGUACCUCAGACAAUGCCACAAUACCGACGGCCUCGACGAGCUUCUCCCGUACAUGCGAUACAUCUUUGUCCAGACACCAUCACACACCCACAUCAUGCCACUGCACCACCAGAAGUCCCAUGCUCGCGAGAUCAGGGUAACCGAAAGCCCUGGGCUGCACUUGGUCUGGUACUACGAGCUCAUCUUCAUCAAACCGAUCCCGGCCUACUUCUACUCGCAAGCGUUUUGGGACUAUCUGGAGAAUGCCGACAAGAAGCUCUACGGCGCCUGCCUCGGCUUCAUGCGCAGCUACUACAUGCUCAUACAGUACAACCUGGACUUUGAACUGGCUUGCAACCUGCGCCUGAUCCCACCCAAGGGCGACGGCACCAUGCCGACCUAUGAAGAAUGGUGCGACUUCAUCGAGCCCUUCUCCCAGGUCGGCGAUGCUCACGUGAACCGGCGAUAUCACUACGGGGAGCUCCGGCUCACGCGCAUCAACCGCGCCGCCGUGCUGUUCAAGUUCAACCUGGCCUACUUCCACAUCUACCCGCAGUGGGGCUCCUUCCUCGAGCACACCCUCGCGCCCAUCAUCACCGUCUUCGCCGUCUGCUCGGUCGUGCUCAACUCGAUGCAGGUCAGCCUCGCCGUCAUCGAGAUCAAGCACGAGAGUAACCAGCCGCUGGGCGGGGCGUGGCCCAGGUUCAUGGACGCCUCGCUCUGGUUCCCCGUCGUCGUCAUGGUCAGCAUCGCCGUCAUACUCAUCGCCGCCCUGUGCGGCAUGGGCAUCAUGGGCCUGAAAGACCUGUUCCGCGGGAACUACGUUCGGAAGCGGAAGAAGAAGGGGGAUCCUAGCGCCGGCACGCGGUCUCACGGUAUGGUCUGGUAGAAGACCCGACUUGACCGUCAUGUUUGUUGUUAUUGCAUUAUACCUGGCAUCUUAUUAUUCCUGGUUUUGCGGCGGGGGUUAGGAUGGGUGGGGGCUCUCCUCCCCUUCACUGAGGUACAUAGUGAAAAAUUCACCUGUUAAUUAUCUGGCCCAUCUUCUGAGUAUAGCCCUUUUGGUC